CAUUUCAGAGUUGGCAAGCAGCCCUCUGACAGCAGCCUCCCACUCUGGGAACCUUAAACCGGAUAAACCUGCCCGCCAAGAUAACAAUUAAACUUCUGCAUGAGUUAAUCAGACUCCCCCCUUUACUCUUUCUCAUCUGGUCGGAUCCAGUCUGCUCGAAGCGGGCGUCCUGGUGCGAAAUAAUCGGUGUGAUUUAAUGAGGCGGAGAUGCAAGAGGACAACCCCAGAGCCGCUCCUCCGCAGCCAGGACAGGUGCCCCACUGGUGAGCCUGCAGAGGACGGGACAGAGCGGCUCAGAGAGGGCGGAGAGGAGAGGAAGUAAACAGCAGGGUCACUUCCCAGCGUUGCGCCAUGGAUCAGGGGCAGAGCGCAGAUAUGGUGGGGGAGCACUCAGCCGGGAUGUGCGCGUCGGAGCGCGGGGAGGUGUCCAGUCCCAGUCCGCCGGCCAAGCAGCGCUCCCUGCGGGUGGUUUACGUCCUGAACGACGGCUUGAAGUCGGUGAUGGCGAGCAGCCCGGAGUCCGGAGCGCUGCAGUGUCUGCAGAGAGCCUGCGACGCAGAGAGCGCGCUGCUCACCACCGUCACCUUCGGACGCCUGGACUUUGGAGAGACUGCGGUUCUGGACAGCUUCUAUGAUGCAGACAUUGCUGUCGUGGACAUGAGCGACGUGUUUCGGCAGCCCUCGCUGUUUUACCACCUGGGCGUGAGAGAGAGCUUUGACAUGGCUAACAACGUCAUCCUGUACCACGACACAGACCCAGACACUGCUCAGUCAUUGAAGGACAUGGUUGCACAGAAAAACACAGCUUCCAGUGGUAAUUACUACUUCAUCCCCUACAUUGUGACUCCUAACCAUGAGUAUAUGUGCUGUGAGAGCGACGCACAGCGCAGGGCCAGUGAGUACAUGCAGCCCAGCUGGGACAACUUGUUGGGGCCGCUGUGCGUCCCUUUGACAGACCGCUUCACCAACCUCCUGAAGGACAUCCAUGUUACCUCAUGUGCAUCUUUUAAGGACACUUUGCUGAAUGACAUAAGGAAGGCCAGGGAGAAAUAUCAGGGAGAGGAGCUGGCUAAGGAGUUGGCCCGUAUUAAACUCAGGAUGGACAACACAGAGGUCCUAACGCAGGAUAUCGUCAUGAACCUGCUGUUUUCCUACAGAGACAUUCAGGAUUAUGAUGCUAUGGUUAAGCUUGUGGAGACUCUAGAGACUCUGCCUACUUGUGAUCUGGCUACCCAGCCCAUGAUCCAGUUUCACUACGCCUUUGCUCUCAACAGGAGGAACAGUCCUGGAGACCGGGAGCAGGCUCUCAGGGUGAUGCUCCAGGUGCUACAGACCAGUGAACAUCCUGCUCCUGACAUGUUUUGCCUCUGUGGACGGAUCUAUAAGGACAUCUUCCUUGAUUCAGACUGCAAGGACACAGUAAAUAGAGAUAAAGCCAUACAAUGGUAUAGAAAGGGCUUUGAACUGCAGCCGACUCUCUACUCUGGCAUUAAUCUAGCGGUCCUCCUCAUAGUUGCUGGUCAGCAGUUUGAGAGCUCCAUUGAACUGAGGAAAAUAGGUGUGAGGUUGAACAGUCUGCUGGGCCGGAAAGGUUCUCUGGAGAAAAUGAACAAUUACUGGGAUGUGGGCCAGUUCUUCACCGUUAGCAUGCUAGCUAGUGAUAUUCCUAAAGCUACUCAAGCUGCUGAGAAGCUGUUCAAACUGAAGCCACCGCUAUGGUAUUUGCGGUCAGUGGUGCAGAACCUCCAGCUAAUCCAGAGAUUUAAAAAGCAGGUGGUGGAGCAUUCUCCCCAAAGAGAAAGGCUCGACUUUUGGAUGGACAUCAUUGUGGAGGCCACACAAGGCACCACCAAGAGACUUCGAUUUCCAGUUUUGAUUCUGGAGCCAACAAAAAUUUACCAGCCUUCUUAUGUGUCUAUAAACAAUGAAGCUGAAGAAAAGCAUGUUUCCAUCUGGCAUGUUUCUCCUGCUGAAAGUAAGGGAAUCCAUGAGUGGAACUUCACUGCAAUCUCCAUUAAAGGCAUUAGUAUUAGCAAGUUUGAUGAACGUUGCUGCUUUCUCUAUGUCCAUGACAACUCUGACGACUUCCAGAUCUAUUUCUCUACUGAGGAGCAGUGCGGUCGGUUCUGCUCCUUGGUGAAGGAGAUGAUAUCUGAUGGUACAGGGAAUGCUGUGGAGCUGGAGGGAGAGGGUGAUGGAGACACGCUGGAGUAUGAGUAUGACACUGAUGAAAACGGAGACAGGGUGGUGCUGGGCCGAGGCACUUAUGGAGUGGUGUAUGCUGGCAGGGACCUGAGCAACCAGGUUCGAAUCGCCAUCAAAGAGAUCCCUGAAAAGGACAGCAGGUACUCACAGCCUCUUCAUGAAGAAAUUGCCCUGCACAAGUAUCUAAAGCACAGGAACAUUGUUCAGUAUUUGGGUUCGGUUUCUGAGAAUGGAUACAUCAAGAUCUUCAUGGAGCAGGUGCCUGGAGGAAGCCUAUCUGCAUUACUGCGGUCAAAAUGGGGUCCUUUGAAGGAGGCGACAAUAAUCUUCUACACCAGACAGAUCCUGGAGGGGCUGCGAUACCUGCAUGAGAACCAGAUUGUCCACAGAGAUAUCAAGGGUGACAAUGUGUUGGUAAACACCUACAGUGGCGUCUUGAAGAUCUCUGACUUUGGGACAUCAAAAAGGUUGGCUGGAGUCAAUCCCUGCACAGAAACGUUUACAGGUACAUUGCAGUACAUGGCUCCAGAAAUCAUUGAUAAGGGCCCUCGGGGUUACGGGGCCCCAGCUGACAUCUGGUCUCUGGGAUGCACUAUCAUAGAAAUGGCCACUGGAAAACCUCCAUUCCACGAGCUCGGAGAGCCACAGGCAGCCAUGUUUAAGGUUGGAAUGUUUAAAAUCCACCCAGAGAUUCCUGAAUCUUUAUCCUUAGAAGCCAAGUCCUUCAUCCUGCGCUGCUUUGAGCCCGAUCCGAAUAAGAGAGCCAUCGCUGCUGACCUGCUCAGAGAUAUUUUUCUACGGCAAAACACAAAGGGGAAAAAAAACAAGAUUGCCUUCAAACCAACAGACUACAUCCAUAACGUUUCCAUUCCAGUGCAGCAGCAGGGUGAAACUGCUGGCAGCAGCAGCAGUGAACAUGGCUCAGUGAGUCCAGACUGUGACUCCAAACAUGACAUUUUCUUUCAGAGGAAGAAACCCUCUGGUUCCGAGAACCUCAAAACAUCCAACUCCAACUACCUAAGCGUCCCAGAUGAGGGUUCAGUUUCAGAGGACCGCAGUGUUCCCCCCUCACCUGAGGACAGGGACAGCGGUCUAUUUCUCCUAAAGAAGGACAGCGAGAGACGAGCGAUUCUCUACAAGGUCCUUAAUGACGACCAGGAGAAGGUCAUCUCCAACCUGAAGGAAAACCACAUCCAGGGAAGCGAGGAGCUUCUGCUCUCUGUAGACCACAUCAAGCAGAUCAUCUGCAUCCUUCGGGAUUUUAUUCACUCUCCGGAAAGACGGGUCAUGGCGGCCACCAUCUCCAAACUCAAACUAGAUCUGGACUUUGACUCUAACUCGAUCAACCAGAUCCAGCUGGUGCUUUUUGGCUUUCAGGACUCGGUGAACAAGGUCCUGCGGAAUCAUCACAUCAAACCUCACUGGAUGUUUGCCAUGGAUAACAUCAUCCGCAGAGCUGUGCAGGCUGCAAUCACCAUCCUCAUUCCAGAGCUGCAGACCCACUUUGGGCCAGCCUCAGAGUGUGAGGGGGCAGAGAAAGAUGAUGAGGUGGAUGAAGAAGAAGCAGAAUAUGGCCCUGUUUUAGCUCCGACCUCAGAUGACCCUGGAUCCACACCUGACCCCGCCCUAAGUUGCACCAGUACUGUGAAUUCCAGCCACGCUCAGGAGGCUCAGCGCUUGCACGCCCCAUUAGGAGUCCAGCUUGGACGACUCAAGCAGGAGACCAGCAGGUUACUGGAGGAACUGUUACAGAAGGAAAAGGAGUAUCAACAUGUCCUGAAAGCCACGCUGCAGCAGAGGACUCACGACUUGGAGCUGAUCCGAGUUAGACACAGACCACCAGACAUUUCACCUCCCUCAAUCCUCCACGUCUCAGCAGACCAUGAGCCAGACAAGCUGCUCACUGAUUGGCUGAAAGAGCAGGGGGCUGAUCCAGACACCAUCGAAAAGUUUGUGAUGGAAGAGUACACACUGACUGACAUUCUGAGUGACGUCAGCAAAGAUGACCUCCGCUCUCUUCGUUUACGAGGCGGAGUCCUUUGCCGGAUCUGGCGAGCCAUUCAGCGACACAGAGAGCGAGAGAGGCUGACUGCUGACAAACACUCCAAAGGGGACGUAUAACUGCAAGUCUAGCUCUAAUUUCGGAGGAAAUACGCGCACAUUGACACAUUACCAGCCCUACAGGGCCGACUUUUUCUUUCUCCUGCCUGUCUCCUUUGUGCCUUUUCACACUGACAGACUGAAUCCAUGCAGAGUCCUUACUGAUCAGACCAAAGCACUUUAGUGCGGGCACUACUGUAUGUAUUUUCAUGUAUAUUGAAAUGUGUAUUAGGAAAUUUUACAAUUAUGGAAGCUGAGGUCUUUUUUUUUUUUUUUUUAGUAUUUCUAUCAUAUCUGAAAAGCUACUGUUUGUUGAAAGUGAGAACAUUAACAGGUCUGUGGUUUGACCCUUUCAGAGAGCUCUGGUGCCUUAAAUCGCUCAUGCAGGUUUUGUAGAUUAAAUUCAUAUAGGUUAGGGACAUUCUGCCUGUUUAAGCUAAAUUGAAUCUGGUUUAGGUCUGAGCAGCUCCAAUUAAAUGCUUUUUCUGCACAAAUAACAACCAAAGGUUUUAAUAUAAAAGGCGAUGUGAACUUUAAAGAAUACAUUUGUUUUAAAUCCAGCCCUCUAGUUUUUUGUGGUGCAGUAAGCAUAAGUUAGAUUCUUUAUUUAUUUUUGACCCAACCCUUAGAUAUAAUCUAAAUCUAUAAUCUGUCAUUAGGUUUUAUAUUAAACAUCUGCAGGGAAACAGUUGCUGGACACCUUGUUUGGGCAUAUCAACAGUUUUGCUGGAUGGGGUUAUUAAUGAGAAUGUCUGGCAUAAAAAGACACGAAAGACUGUCUUGACAUUUUUUGCUGUUUUUUUGAGAGUUUAAUUUAAAGUCGUAGGGAAGUCAUAUUUGAAUGUCAAAUCAUUCUGGCUUAAACAUGCAUAUAAAUGUACACUUUAUCAGAAAAUAUUUUAAUCCUUUCUGUGUUUUUUUCCUUUUCCUUAUCUUAUGCAGGACAGUUAGUUAUACGACAGCUUGUACACCUAAUUGUAAUUGUAAUGUGGUGUAAACUCUCCUUACCUGUUUCCAAUUAUCGAAAAAAUUAAAAAAUAAAACAGCCGUAUUAUCGGGAAGAGAAGUAUGCACCUUCACAUGCAUUAACCCAGUGGUUAUGAAACUUUUGUUGCUGGGGCUCCCUUUCUUUUAUAAGUAAGGUCCCCUAACACCUGCAUGGAGCAACAUCUCAAAAACUAAGUGCAGUAAAUUAUAUAUUGCAAUAAGUAAACUAGAAUCUCUUUAAAUCAUAAAAGUACCUCCUUUUAAAAUGUAAUUAUUCUAAGUUUAACAGUUUAUUUCACUGAAUACAUAAUUGCUGUCAAUUGAAAAAAAAGUGAACUACAUUUUUUUAUUGGCUUCCAUCCUUUGUUUCAAUUCACUGGAACGAGUUAACCAGAUGAUAAAAGGUACAAUCUCAUCAUAUGUCUACGAUACGUUUGGCUUUAAUAAGCAAGAAAUACUGAUCAGUAAUGGGUUGAAGUUUUAUUUAUUGUGUAAUCAGGUAUGAUGUACUUUACCAUGUCAGCUUGUAUUAGUUAUUUUAUACAGUCUACAGAUGCACCAAUCAGGUUUUUCUGAUACUGAUACCUGGGCUGAGCGUAUUGGCCGACAUCCGACACCGAUCCCAUUGAACUGUUGAAUUAACCAUACUUUAUAUCUCUCCAUGUGAGUGAAGUCUUUAGCCUUGACAUACUGUAAACAUUGUUAGGAAAAGGACAUCAAGAUAAAAAUACACUAGCAAGGGGGAAAACACUUUCUGUGUCAGAACUUAUCUGGCAAAUUUAUUUCCAUCUUGUCUUAUGAGGGUUUACAUUUCUUUUUCAAAAAGUUAAAUAAGAUACCUAGCGACUUGUUUGCGAACUUGUUUGCAAAAUUUGGAAGGUUGCUUGUAUUUUUUUGUUUCCAUUAAGAUGUUGUUAUGCAAUACUUCAAAAUGCACAUAAAUUUUGUUAAUAGAUAUUUGUCUGAUAUAUAGCUUUAAAAGAAUUGAACUCUCAAGGUCAGACAUUUAUUUAAUUUGUUUUGUACCGCUCCCCCUUGUGAGUACAGUAUCGUUGAACUGUACUGAUCAAAAAACAGAACUAAAAAAACUUUUAGAGAUGCGGGCUCAAGCUAGUUUGAGAGGCUCAUUAUCUUCAGUCACAUGAACCCUGUACCAAUAAAGUCUGAAACGCCGCUCAGCACAGAAGAAGCCGCUAAAAGCAUAAUAAAAUACAAUAAAAUUCUCCAGUCAUCUGGAACACGUCAGAUACAUUGAUAUAUGUUGGAGAUAAGUCCUGGAUAAGUUACACAUAAGUUAUGCACAAGUUACUCAUAGGUUUUGAAAAAGAUAGACACCACGACUUAUGAGUAACUUAAACUUAACUUAUGUCAAUGAUCAGAUAGCUUACCUGAGCCUACGCUGGCAUCUGGAAAUGUUGGGCAUGCUCAAAAUUCCUCUACGUACUUGACGUAUGUUGACGUGUGCCACCAGCAUGCUCUUAUUUUUUUUUGCAAAGCGUACCCAUAACUUAUCCAACGUAUGCCAGCGUUUUUGCCAGAUUUUCGUACGUCAGGCGUACGCUGGCUAAACCAUCAAGGUGUGACAGGUACUUGCACGAGCGAUGCAAACAGCAACUUUUUUAUCAGUGCAUGAACGAGAAGAAAUGGGCUGGUGUACACAGUAUGCUCUCACACGCUUUAAUAGGCGUUCCCUCUCGGGAGCAGGUACUGGGUUGUUUGUGUGCAUUUUUUUUUCUAAAUUGGAGAGGACGGGUCUUUUCAAAAAGUUGCAAAAAUCCUCCACUAUACCAUUAAGUUGAGGUGUUUGGCCAUAACAGACUUGAGUAUUCUUCAAACUUGCCAGUUUGGUCUGAACUGAGAAGUUCAGCCCUGGUAGCAUCAUGUUAUGUAGCUGUCCCUCUAUGAAGGACACCAGUCUGUUCUGUGGCUUUUGCUACUGGAGGAUCUGCUGCACUUUACAGAACAGAUGGCUACAUGGAAAGGCAAGGACAUUAUGGGGAAAUAUUGCAGCAGUAUCUCAAGACAUUAGAUAUGAUGUUAUGUUUGAAUAUAAAUGCGUCUUCAGAAUAGACAAUGAACCUAAGCAGGUCACACAUUUAGUCUCAAAGUGUCUCCUGCUGUUCAGCUGGUAGGAUUAAACAUUCCCCCGUUAAGCAUUCAUGCUGUACGUGAAACCAAGCGAUGAUCUGUACACAUUUUCACCUUGAAACAAUGCUUAAAUAACAAACAAGUCUUUUUUUUAUAGCUGACCUUGAGUGCAUUCACAUUGUAUUUACCAGGAAGCUGCUGAAUGUCAAAACAUUUAUUUCCCACAACAGGGAAACAAAUAAUUAAAAAAAAAAACAUGCUGACAUGUUCAGACACUUUCAGAAGAGCAUUCUGUUGAUCAUUUUGCAGCAGCUCAUGCAUCGUUGGGAGGAUAUAACAAACGGCCGACUUGUGUCGUAACUGUUCAGUGGAAAGAUUUGUCCUCACAGAAGGAUUAAAUUCCAUCUUCCUCUGGGCAUGUCAUUAAUUCCUGGAAGGAAAACAGCCCAAAGUUUCAUGCAUGAAUGUGUGCACAUUAAAAAGUGCGACUUAAUGAAUGCUGUUUCUAGUGUAGUAGUCAGUGGUUACAAAACUACUAUAGAAAUAUAGUCCAUGUGUCAUAUAUUUAUAACUCUUGUCUUCAGCUGUCAAUGCUUAAUGUGCUGCAAUAAAAAGCAUCCACAGUCGUGUCCUCAUUUAAUCCUCGGGUGAAACCACAGACCCAAACAAAAUUUAAAUUUAUCAAAAUGACUUAUAUUUAAUAAAUCUUCAGAUUUGUUUGGAAUAAAAUGAAGUUUUCUCAAUGCACAAAUUAUAAGCAAACAGAAGUGUUUUAGUUGGGAUAAAAAGACUGAAGAGAUCUUGAGCCUUGUGUUGUUCACAGGCCCCCAUCUUACUCUCAUGACACACCUUGACAGAUAUUAACUACUUAUUAUCAUCUUUUUGUUUGUACGUGUGUAAUUUAUUGGCUAAAGCAGUCUUUUCUCCUGUUUUUUCUUUUUUGGUUUUGUUAUUUUUGUUGUUAUAAAUCAUUGUUUGUCUGCUUUGCAACUGCAAUAAACUUAUGAAUGUUCU